AUGAAGCUGCUCGAACUUCUUUUUCUUAGUACAUCAAUUUACAUUUCCUUUGCUGGAUCACCAAGCUAUACUCCUAUUAAUAGCAUUAUAGAUGAAUCGACAUUGCAGUCAAUAGUUUCAUCAGGUCCUUGGAUAACAGAAUCGGUUUUGUCAAGCAAUAUUCAAGUAGAUAGCUCUACCAAUGAGUCGUCAACACAAUCUUUGACUUCAUCAAACCAUUCGAUAGAAGAAACAGCAUCACAAAGCAGUAUUCAAGUAAAUACUUCAAUUAAUGAAACUUCAUUGCAAUCUAUAUCUUCAUCACGCUCCUGGAUAAAUGAAACUGUCGAUACAAGACCUCUUUGCAUCACCUGCUACGUUUUAUUCAAGACAAAUGUUACCACAACUCGAAAUUGUAAUUCAAACAAGAAACUUAUUUGGGAACUUUGGUAUAAUGUCAGUAGCAUUCAACGUGGUGGAUAUUGCAUUGAUUUUGAAAGUUUGCAAAAUAUUGAAGAAAUUGAUUCUCAAAUUACUUCAGUAGUUGCAACUUCUCUCACAAUUACAAAUAGUUGGGGUUCAGGCUCUGGAGUUGGAACAGGUUUUGGUGGAAUAGGAGUAGGGGGAGGAGGAAGUGUUGGUUCUGGAAGCACAAAUGGAGGUGCAGUUAAUAAAUCAACUACAAUUUAUAAAUGGAGUAUAGGCCAAAAAAUUACAGUACAGACUGGUAUAUUACCUGAUUGUAUUCCAUGUCAUGACUUCCUUCAUCUCGCUCCUAAGUUAUCACCUUUCGAAUGUAAUCCUGGAAAUGCUAUGAAGAUUAAAGUUACUUAUGAAGUUUCUCCAGGUAAAGAGGAAAUGGGAUAUUGUGCUGGACAAAUAACAAUGAGUGAAAAAGAAUUAAGGAACAUCCAAAGUUUGUUUUGGACCGAAAAAACUCAGGAACCUAAAUGUGAAGAGUGUAGUGAUGUUUUAGCAUUAAGAGUAAAUGCGUCUAAGGAAUUUUGUGACAACGGAAAUGACGUUGAUUAUCGUGUUCAAUUUUAUGAUCGAAAUUGGAAUUUAACAUUUGAUGGCUUUUGUGUAUACAGUAGGACAAUAUGGAUUAAUUGGAAUAAAAUGAAUAAUUUGCUUUUUGCUCAAGUUUAUCGACUUAAUUUAAAACAAUAUUAUUACUGGAUAAGAGAUGAUGCAACUGAAAUAGAGAAAACAUCUUGUCAGCCAUGCGCUAAAUUGAUAUAUGAACAUAAAACUACAACAAAUGAAUGCAAGUCAAAUGGCAAGCCACUUUGGCAAGUAUGGUUCAAUACAACAUAUGAGUCAUAUGCAGGAUAUUGCAUCGAUUUCUUAGAGAUGGACUUAAACUUGAUUGCUGAUAACUAUAUUAUGUAUAUUUUGGCUACAAAUCAAUUAUCAACAUAUGAAUGGGUUAGAUCUGGAUCAGAAGUAAAAAAAGUUACCGAAAUCUAUCCACCAUGUGUGAACUGUAGUGAAGUUGUUAAUGGCGAUACACAUUUAUCAUCUUUCUAUUGCGAUCCUGGGAAUCAAACUAAAGUAAGAGUUUAUUUUACCGAUGCUGAGUAUAACAGAUUUGAAGGAUACUGUGCUGGAUUCUAUCAAAAUUAUACUGUUAACAAUACAAUAUACAAUCCAAAUCAUGCAGAAAUGUAUUACAUACAUAACACCUACACUUGGAAUGAAAAAUGUGUCAAUUGCUAUGAUGUUUUCGUGUCAGGUGCAAAUGUUUCAAGAUCAGAUUGCGAAAAAGGAAAUGAAACAGUUUUUAUAGCAAGUUAUUCAAAAAGACAGUAUACUGCACCUUACCAAAGUUAUGUUUACGGAUAUUGUGUUAAGUUCAAUCCUAACGAUUUUGAUGACUGGAACUUACAAGAAGAUAUAUUCCGUGCUUAUAUUGGUUUUCGUAAUUAUUCUCAGUAUUGGGAAAGGAAUGAUUGUGUGCACUGUUAUUCUGUUCUUGUUUCUGGAAGAGAAUUAUCUCCGAGAAAUUGUUUAAGUGGAACUGAGCAGCAAUGGCAUAUCUCAUAUUCGAUUCAAAACAUAGACUAUAAAGGAUAUUGCAAAGGCCUUGAAAUAGACAACUUAGAUUCCUGGGGCAUAACAGAUAAUAUUGAAAACUUAGUUGCUAAAAAUGGAACAGAAUCCUUUACUUGGCAAAGACCUAUAGCAAGUCCUGAAGAAUGUGUAUCUUGUUAUGAUGCUAUUGUUUACGGAUCCUCAUUGUCAACUCAAAAAUGUAAUGAUGGAAAUGAACAACGUUGGUUUGUUACUUAUACAGACUACAAUUCAAAGUACUAUGAAGGCUAUUGUAUAGGGAUUUAUCCAGGCAGUUUUUAUUAUUGGAAUAUAAACCCGAACAUAAUAAAUAUUCAUGUCAAUAAUGGAAUAGAGACUUACUAUUAUGAAAAUCCUACAUCGAGUGAAAGCUAUACACCAGAACCAUUACAAUGUGUAACAUGUUUUGAGAUUUUAUUAUAUAGAUCAAGCUUGAACCCAGAUUGUGAUCCUCAGGGACAGAUCUUAUGGGAUAUUUGGUUCAAUUCUACUGAUGCUUUUACUGAUGGUGGCUUUUGUGUUAAUUUCAUGGAAACAGAUUUCAAUGGUAUUGGAGAAGCUAUAACAUAUAUAAGAGCUUCAAAUGGAUCCUCAACUGUUGAAUGGUUUAAAUCAGAUCCAGAAAUCAAAGAAGUUACUAAACAAUUUCCACCAUGUGUAAGAUGUAGUGAUGUUGCUAACUCUAACAUUCCUUUUUCAUCUCUUGACUGUGAUUCUGGAUAUGAACGAAAAGUAAGAGCUUUAUACAAAAACAGCUUGGGUGAAGAACAUAUAGGAUAUUGUGUAGGAAUUGACAGCUACGACUAUUCAUUUGUAAACCUUACUAGUGUUACAUUGUAUGACAGGGAUCAUACUUAUUUUAUGCCUGAUUCUCAGAAUGCUACCUAA